ACCAGCCCGUGGUUCUGCUUCCGUUGCCUUUUGCAAAGGGCAACUACUUUGUUCCACCGAGAGCCUGUCAGAACUGAAGCCACGAUCCGAGGCAGGCAGGCGACUGGCCAAAGCGAGGCUGGUCUUGGGGUCGCCUGGCUCAAGCGAGCUCGACGCCUUUCGCAUCCCCCGCGCACGAAGUUUCAUCAUCAGCGCUCGGGAAAGGACCUGCCAAAAAAGCUCGCUUGGCUCGCUGCAUUGUGGCGCGGCUUCCUUCCUUUUCUUUUCUUUUCUUUUCUUUUUUAAAGAAUAAUAAAGGAGGGAGUGAAACGUUCUCUUCCCUCCCCCCGCCCCGCAAAAGAGCCAAAUGGAUCGCAGAAGAGGCGCAGGGAGCAGGGGGGACCGGGGCAACUGCCAAGGGGGUAUGCCAGUGAGGUGUGGCUUGCAUUUAAAUAUCCAAUAUGUCAAUGUAAGGGGAGUGUGUGUGUACGUAUAUAAAGUCCAGUUUGCAUCGGAUCGCCGGACAGAUCCAGCAGCUAUGAAAGGCGGCAGGACGAGGAGGUGGAGGAGGAGAAGCAGGGGGGGACGCGCUGGACCAGGCGAGCCGGCGCAGGCGGCUUGAGCUGGGGAGCUAGCAAGCGCAAGAGAGCGGCGGCGACGCCGGAGGAAUCGCAGCCUCCGAGAGGGCAAGAGCUACUGCCCUCCGCUGGACCCGGAGCUCGCGUGGCUCGUUCGCUAGUACGUUCGGGCUUCCCUGCUGUCUCCUCCGGGCUUUGCGCCCCCGCGGUGGCCAUGGCCGAGGUCGGCGGCUUCCUGGGCUCCCUCGAUUUGGAUUUGCACGGAUUCUCCUCGACACUUGGGAGCGUGGCGCUCGCCGACUCGCCGGGCUUUUUAAACGAGCGCCUGGGGCAGAUCGAGGGGCGGCUGCAGCGGGGCUCUCCCACUGACUUCGCCCACCUGAAAGGCAUCCUCCGACGGAGGCAGCUCUACUGCCGGACCGGGUUCCACCUGGAGAUCUUCCCCAACGGCACCGUGCACGGCACCCGCCAGGACCACAGCCGCUUCGGAAUUUUGGAGUUUAUAAGCUUGGCUGUAGGGCUGGUUAGUAUCCGUGGUGUGGAUUCUGGACUUUACCUUGGGAUGAACGAGAGAGGAGAGCUGUAUGGAUCGAAGAAGCUGACAAGGGAGUGUGUUUUCCGUGAGCAGUUUGAAGAAAACUGGUACAACACUUACGCUUCAACCCUCUACAAACACUCUGACUCCGAGAGACAGUAUUACGUUGCUUUGAACAAAGAUGGCUCUCCCAGAGAAGGAUACAGGACUAAGAGACACCAAAAAUUCACUCAUUUUUUACCAAGACCUGUGGACCCUGCUAAGAUCCCUGCAAUGUACAGACAUCUCUUCCACUACAGGACCCGAAGAGGUAUGAAGAGGUCGGAGCAAAGACGGACGCGCCGGCGUUGUCUCAGAUUGCUCAGGAAGGACCCAGGAGAGGAGGAGACUUAGUCAGCUGUGGGAAGGCGGGGACCUUCAGUCUUCACAACUGCCUUAUAGGGGCAAAACCUACCAAGAAGAGUUGCUGUGCUCAUUAGGCCUGGCACUCCUGAGCAGGCCUUGUCUCUAAUAAAGAGUUAACUUCA